GCUUCAUUGUUCCCUUCCACCUUCACUCCAUCGGAGGACCUCAAGCGAUCGCCAGAUCCACACUUCCCCUCGUUUCGAUCAUCCGCUUCACCGUUGAUUCCAUCUCUUCUCCGUCGACCAAGGAAGCUCGGUGAUUUCGAUAAGAUGUGGAGAAGAGGCGAGUACGGAUCGGCGGCGGCGGCGGAGGCAAUGCCGGGAUGGCUGGGAAGGCUGAUGGAGGAGAGUUUUUUCGUCGGAUGCGACGCCCAUGGAAGCCGCAAGAAGAGCGAGAAGAACAUCUUCUGCCUCGAUUGCUGCACCAGCAUCUGUCACCACUGCGCCACGGCUCACCCUUCCCACCCUCUCCUCCAGGUGAGACGAUAUGUGUACAACGACGUGGCUCGCCUGGAGGAUCUGGAGAGGCUUAUAGAUUGCUCCUACGUUCAGCCCUACACUAUCAACAGUGCCAAAGUGAUUUUCCUUAAGCCAAGGCCUCAAUCGAGGCCUUUCAAGGGCUCCGGGAACCUCUGCUUAACGUGUGACAGAAUUCUCCAAGAUCCAUUCCACUUCUGUUCCCUCUCAUGCAAGGUGGAUCAUGUCUUGUUUAAAGGGGAGGACCUAUCCAGCAUACUGUUAAGGUUCAAUGAGUUGGAUUUCGCCUUCUCUCGCUUUGAAAACCUUCGCAUGGACGGAGCAGAACUCGCCCAGGAGGACGAGGACGAGGAGGAGGACGACGCGGGCAAUUUCAUCGGCUGCUCGAGCACCCCCGGCGAGAAGAGGAAGAAAAAGGGCGGCUUCUUCCCACAAAUAGUCCUGUCCUUGAGCAGCAGGAGGAAGGGGGCGCCUCAGAGGUCUCCCCUCUCCUGAUCCCGCAUUAACUCUGCUACUGCAUCACUGUUGCUGGCAUAAGAUAUAUAGAUAGUUUUCAUGAUCUCUGUGGAAUUUAUAUGGAUAAUUACGAACGCAGUUCCUGCCUGCUGACUGUGAAAUUAUUAAUUAAUGUGGGCAAACUUGUGGUGCUUUGAGCCACUGAGCUUAUUAUAAGCCCACAGUGCUUGCCAAUUUUGUUUGUGUAAUGGACUCUCUAAUGCAUAUUUAUUUUAUAUUAGUAUUUAAAUUUUAAAA